AUGUCGACACAGAAUCAACACUUGCAUGAAGAGGAAGAUGAUCCAUACAUGUACGAUGAUGGUGAUUCUCAAAGUAUCACUCCAGAAGAUUGUUGGACAGUGAUAUCCUCCUUCUUCCAGGAAAAGGGAUUGGUAUCGCAACAACUUGAUUCUUUUGAUGAAUUCAUCGAAACCACGAUUCAAGAAUUGGUCUGGGAGGAUUCACAUUUGAUUUUGGACCAACCGGCUCAACACACUUCAGAGUCUGAUCAUGAAAAUAGAAGAUAUGAAAUUACGUUUGGAAAAAUUUACAUUUCCAAACCAUCUCAAACUGAAGGCGAUGGUACCACUCAUCCUAUGUUCCCACAAGAAGCAAGAUUACGUAAUUUGACUUACUCUUCUCCUUUGUAUGUUGACAUGACCAAGAAGGUGUUUAAAUCUGAUGAUAAUAAGAGGAAGGAAAAUAACGAGUUAGACUGGAUAGAAGAGAAGGUUGAAGAUGAAGACCCAAGAACCAAAGUGUAUUUGGGUAAAGUUCCAAUCAUGUUGAGAUCCAAGUUUUGUAUGUUGAGAGAUUUGGGUGAACACGAUUUCUAUGAAUUGAAGGAAUGUCCGUACGAUAUGGGUGGUUAUUUCGUUAUCAAUGGUUCAGAAAAGGUCUUGAUUGCUCAAGAAAGAAGUGCCGCCAACAUAGUCCAAGUGUUUAAGAAGGCCGCACCAUCUCCAAUUUCCCAUGUUGCUGAAAUCAGAUCUGCCAUCGAAAAGGGGUCCAGAUUGAUUUCUUCUAUGCAAAUCAAAUUAUAUGGUAGAGAUGAAAAGGGUGUUUCCGCAAGAACAAUCAAAGCCACCUUGCCUUAUAUUAAAGAAGAUAUCCCUAUUGUCAUUGUAUUUAGAGCAUUAGGUGUUGUCCCAGAUGGUGACAUCUUGGAACAUAUAUGUUAUGAUGCCAAUGACUGGCAAAUGUUGGAAAUGUUGAAGCCUUGUGUUGAAGAAGGUUUCGUUAUUCAAGAACGUGAAGUUGCGUUGGAUUUCAUUGGUAGAAGAGGGGUAUUGGGUAUCAGAAGAGAAAAGCGUAUUCAAUAUGCCAAGGAUAUCCUUCAAAAGGAAUUGUUACCAAACAUCACUCAAGAAGAAGGGUUUGAAACUAGAAAGGCGUUCUUUUUGGGUUAUAUGGUGAAUAGAUUAUUAUUAUGUGCAUUAGAAAGAAAAGAACCCGAUGAUAGAGAUCACUUUGGUAAGAAGAGAUUGGAUUUAGCUGGUCCAUUAUUAGCCAAUUUAUUCAGAAUUUUGUUUAAAAAAUUAACCAAAGAUAUUUAUAAUUAUAUGCAAAGAUGUGUGGAAAAUGAUAAGGAAUUCAACUUGACUUUAGCUGUCAAGUCACAAACCAUUACUGAUGGGUUGAGAUACUCCUUGGCCACCGGUAACUGGGGUGAACAAAAGAAGGCUAUGAGUUCCAGGGCUGGUGUUUCUCAAGUGUUGAACCGUUAUACUUAUUCAUCCACAUUAUCACAUUUAAGAAGAACAAACACUCCUAUUGGUAGAGAUGGUAAGAUUGCCAAGCCAAGACAAUUGCAUAACACGCAUUGGGGGUUGGUUUGUCCUGCAGAAACUCCAGAAGGUCAAGCGUGUGGGUUGGUUAAGAAUUUAUCCUUGAUGACUUGUAUUUCCGUUGGUACUCCUUCGGAACCCAUCUUGUACUUUUUGGAAGAAUGGGGGAUGGAGUCUUUGGAAGACUAUGUUCCAUCUAACUCUCCUGAUUCUACCAGAGUGUUUGUUAAUGGUGUCUGGGUUGGUACUCAUAGAGACCCAGUCAAUUUAGUGGACACUAUGCGUAGUCUUAGAAGAAGAGGGGAUAUCUCACCGGAAGUAUCUAUUAUUAGAGAUAUUAGAGAAAAGGAGUUUAAGAUUUUCACCGAUGCUGGUCGUGUUUACCGUCCACUUUUCAUUGUUGACGAUGAUUCAGAAUCCGAAACUAAGGGUGAUUUGAAAUUACAAAAGGAGCAUGUACUCAAACUUUUGAAUUCCGAAUAUGAUGAUUAUGAUGGUGAUGAAGGGUACAAUUGGACUUCUUUAGUCAAUGAUGGUAUUGUCGAAUACGUUGAUGCUGAAGAAGAAGAAACUAUUAUGAUUGCCAUGACUCCUGAAGAUUUAGAAGCAUCCAAGAAUACCUUAUCACAAACACAAAUCAAAGCAAUGCAAGUUGAAGAACAAGAAUUGGAUCCAGCUAAGAGAAUUAAGCCGGUGUUUAGCAGUGCUACUCAUACAUUCACCCAUUGUGAAAUCCAUCCUUCUAUGAUUUUGGGUGUGGCUGCUUCCAUUAUUCCAUUCCCAGAUCAUAACCAAUCUCCACGUAAUACAUAUCAAUCUGCGAUGGGUAAGCAAGCCAUGGGUGUUUUCUUGACCAAUUACUCGGUGAGAAUGGAUACCAUGGCCAAUAUCUUGUAUUAUCCUCAAAAACCAUUGGCCACGACGAGAUCGAUGGAAUUUUUGAAGUUUAGAGAAUUACCUGCAGGUCAAAAUGCCAUUGUUGCCAUUGCUUGUUACUCGGGUUAUAACCAAGAAGAUUCUAUGAUUAUGAACCAAUCCUCGAUUGAUCGUGGGUUGUUUAGAUCAUUAUUCUUUAGAUCUUAUAUGGAUUUGGAAAAGAGACAGGGUAUGAAGGCACUUGAAACUUUUGAAAAGCCUUCCAGAUCAGACACAUUAAGAUUGAAGCAUGGUACUUAUGAGAAGUUGGAUGACGAUGGGUUGAUUGCUCCUGGGGUUAGAGUUAGUGGUGAAGAUAUCAUUAUUGGUAAGACCACACCAAUACCACCAGACACGGAAGAAUUAGGUCAAAGAACUCAGUAUCAUACCAAGAGAGAUGCUUCUACUCCAUUGAGAAGUACUGAAUCUGGUAUUGUUGAUCAAGUGUUGUUGACAACUAAUGGUGAUGGUGCCAAGUUUGUCAAGGUUAGAAUGAGAACUACUAAAGUGCCACAAAUUGGGGACAAGUUUGCUUCUAGACACGGUCAAAAGGGUACUAUUGGGGUUACGUACAGACACGAAGAUAUGCCAUUUACUGCACAAGGUAUUGUGCCAGAUUUGAUCAUUAACCCCCAUGCUAUUCCAUCUCGUAUGACGGUUGCGCAUUUGAUUGAAUGUUUAUUAUCGAAAGUGUCAGCAUUAUCUGGUCUUGAAGGUGAUGCUUCUCCAUUUACUGAUGUUACUGCCGAAGCUGUUUCCAGAUUGUUGAGAGAACAUGGGUAUCAAUCCAGAGGGUUUGAAGUGAUGUACAAUGGUCAUACUGGUAAGAAGUUGAUGGCUCAAGUUUUCUUUGGACCUACUUAUUAUCAAAGAUUAAGACAUAUGGUGGAUGACAAGAUCCAUGCUAGAGCUAGAGGUCCUGUUCAAGUGUUGACUAGACAACCGGUUGAAGGUAGAUCGAGAGAUGGUGGGUUGCGUUUCGGGGAAAUGGAAAGAGAUUGUAUGAUUGCCCAUGGUGCUGCUGGAUUCUUGAAGGAAAGAUUGAUGGAAGCAUCCGAUGCAUUUAGAGUUCAUGUUUGUGGACUGUGUGGGUUGAUGUCGGUUAUUGCCAAUUUGAAGAAGAACCAAUUUGAAUGUCGUUCGUGUAAGAACAAGACCAACAUUUACCAAAUUCAUAUUCCAUAUGCUGCCAAGUUGUUAUUCCAAGAAUUGAUGGCCAUGAACAUUUCUCCAAGAAUGUAUACCGAAAGAUCUGGCCAGACUGUUCGUGUGUAA